CUGCACGCUGGGAAGCCCUUUCUCUACGAGGCCAUCUUGGUGUGAUCAGGAGGUUGGCCAGAUCGGACUAAUCGGGAAAAAUGGUGGCCGCGAAGAAGACGAAAAAGUCCCUGGAGUCCAUCAACUCCAGACUGCAGCUUGUGAUGAAGAGCGGUAAAUAUGUUCUCGGAUACAAGCAGUCUCAGAAAAUGAUUCGCCAAGGAAAAGCCAAGCUGGUAAUCCUGGCCAACAACUGUCCUGCUCUGAGGAAAUCUGAGAUUGAGUACUACGCUAUGUUGGCCAAAACCGGAGUCCAUCAUUACAGCGGAAACAACAUUGAGCUCGGCACAGCCUGUGGCAAAUACUUCAGAGUGUGCACACUGGCCAUCAUUGACCCUGGCGAUUCAGACAUCAUCAGAAGCAUGCCAGACCAGCAGCAGCAGCAGCAGGGGGAGAAGUAGAGCCAUUUCCACCUGAUCGUUUUAGAAAUAAAAUUGGUUGAAAAGGUC